CAUUAUUGCGAUGCCGUCGUAUUAAGCCCCGUUUAACGUCUUGCUGCGCUUCACGCCGAAGCUUGUAAAAAUAAAUUCUGUGCGCCGAGAGAAGCGGUGAACUAUUGCGAGAUUGUUGCUUAUGAUAGAUUACGGUCCCGCCACGAGGUCGGAGACAUUGGACAUAAACUUGCAAAUAAUCGUCUACUUCCCUACGGUAGGGUGCUGAUUGCAGCUUAGGAAGGCCUUGGAGCUGGGGAGCGAUGGCUGGAAGAGGACAAUAGCACGUGAGGGUUCUGGUUCCGAAUUGGUUUCAGCUGUGGCCGAAGUCUGGCGCAUGAGAGUUUGGUUGAGUGCUGUCCGGCUCCUCUCGGGCCACAAUCCAUCCGCGGUGUUAGGGAAUGAAUCUCGAUUUUUUUUUGAUCACGUGGUGGCGUUAGUUGCGUGGUGGAGUGGCUUGUGAAGAUUCUGUUGUCAGAGGCGGAGUCCAGAAAGUGGACUUGGGGACGACAUAUCCUUGAUUACCUCAAAUCGAGAGAUGUUACGCAAUGGAUCUAGAGUGAAAUGGUUGAGUAGGUUGUGAAAGUAUUAGAGUGUGCGCAUUGAACGGUACUUGGCGAGUUGGAUUGUAUUUUUCUCUACAUGAGAGUGAACACAACGCGGCAAGGAGGUUAUUCAAAAUAGUAGUGUGAUUGUGUCUGAUCAACUUCUGCCCUCGUUGGUCAUCAGUGGGACCUGCAUCAAUUGUUGCAUGCGAAUUAAACUAGGGCGUUUAGGAAAUGGAGACAACCAAUGACGCGCUGGAUACGACGGUCUCUCACAAGAAGACCGUGGCCGUCAUCUUGAUGGGCGGACCUACCAAAGGUACUCGGUUUAGGCCUCUCUCAUUCAAUUUGGCGAAGCCUUUGUUUCCCUUGGCGGGCCAGCCCAUGGUACACCAUCCAAUUCUUGCUUGCAAAAAGAUACCGGACUUGGCACAGGUAUAUCUUAUAGGAUUUUAUGAGGAAAGGGAAUUUUCCUUGUACAUCUCUACACUUUCAAAUGAGCUCAAAGUUCCCGUGAGGUACUUGCGUGAAGACAAGCCUCAUGGAUCUGCGGGUGGCCUUUACAAAUUUCAGGACUUAAUCAUGGAAGACGAUCCUGCUGAUAUUAUUGUAUUGAAUUGCGAUGUUUGCUGCAGUUUUCCUUUGACUGACAUGCUUGAGGCUCACAGAAAUCAUGGGGGUAUGGGCACGCUUUUAGUUAAGAAGGUGUCAAAAGAAGUUGCUAGUGAAUUUGGCGAGUUGGUGGCGGACCCUAAAACAGGCGAGUUACUUCAUUAUGCUGAGAAGCCAGAGACGUUUGUGAGCGACUUUAUCAAUUGUGGGGUUUAUAUCUUCACACCAGAAAUUUUUAGAGUCAUCAAAGAUGUUACUUCCAGCAAGCACGAAAGAUCUGUCGUACGUCGGCUGUCAAGCUUUGAAGCUCUUACCAUUUCAAGUAGCAGCAAGUACACACUGCAGGCCGAUUUUGUGAGGCUUGAUCAAGAUAUUCUAACCCCUUCAGCUGGCAAGAAGAAGCUCUACACCUUUGAAACCAAUGAGUUCUGGGAGCAAAUUAAAACACCUGGAAUGUCUAUCCGCUGCUCGCUGCUCUACUUAGCACAGUACAGAGUGACAAUGCCUGAGCUUUUGGCAACUGGAGAUGGUAAGAAGUCACCUACAGUAAUCGGAGAUGUCUUUAUUCAUAGAUCUGCCAAGGUGCAUCCAACUGCAAAGCUAGGGCCUAAUGUCUCAAUAUCAGCCAAUGCUCGUAUUGGCCCUGGAGCUCGACUCAUACAUUGUAUUAUUCUUGAUGAUGUUGAAAUCAAGGAAAAUGCUGUCGUGAUGCACUCUAUAGUGGGCUGGAAGUCUUCGCUUGGAAGAUGGGCCCGAGUUCAGGGAGGAGGUGAUUACAAUGCCAAGUUGGGCAUCACCAUCCUCGGAGAGGGUGUGGACGUUGAAGAUGAGACUGUUGUUGUUAAUUGCAUCAUCCUACCUCACAAGACUCUCAAUAUUAGCGUCCAAGAUGAGAUCAUUCUGUAAUCGCUGGCGAGGAUUAUUCUAGGAAACCUAGAAGCAUAUAGACUACCUCAUUAUCUGAUAGGCGAUCUGUUUAGUUGGCUAUCAUUAAGGAAGCUAGACCACAGGUUUGGCUGCGCGGACGGAGGUUGAUAUAAGAUGGGUAUUCCAUGAUUGUUAUAGGGUGAGAGUAAUGAACGUGGUGUGAGCAGGAUCUGUUCUGCAAGAAUCAUCUAUGUAUUAUGUUAGUUCUUUGAGAGUGCUAUCAUGCACCUUUGUACCAUUCAACUAUGAGCAAUCCGUCUUUUAGGUAGUGAGGAUCUCAUGUUAGAUCUCACGCUGAGAAAAGACUCAGCUGUUGUUUGGCGGAGUCCUUGGGUUUGAUCGUGGGGUAUGAAAGUGGCAGGCUUACUGAUUCCGGUAGUCCUGUUCGAUAACGCAAACACUAAGGCGAUGGAGCGUGUUGAGGUAUACACUAUCAGAAAACUUUCUGUAGUAUUCCUUUAUUCCUCGUCCCAAUUAUGAAAAAAUUCGCUCUUAUACCUGAAA